AUGUACAAGUGUGGGGUACGUGGGGAAUGCAAGAAGCGUUUUAGCUGUAAAAGUCGUCAAGAUAGGCACGUCAGGACCCAAACUUGUGAGAAGCUAUAUGAAUGCGACACGUGUAGCAAAAGGUUUCAACAGAAUAGUGAUCUUAAAAGGCACGUCAGAACCCACACCGGCGAGAAGCCAUAUGAAUGUGACAUUUGCAAGAUGCGUUUUAACAAGAAAGAUCACCUCAACAGGCACGUCAGGAUCCACACUGGGGAGAAACCAUACAAAUGUGACACGUGUAGAAAAUGUUUUUGUCAGAAAGUUACCCUUGAUUGUCAUGUCAGGGUCCACACCGGCGAGAAACCAUUUGAGUGUGACGUUUGUAGCGGCGGCACUGUGCGCUGGGCUGCGCGGAAAGCGCCAAACGUGACCGAUUGUUACUCGGGCCGUGUUGACUCGCUGCCCGUAGAGGACCAGAAGACCCCCAAGCACGACCACAGCGCAGUCAACUACUCGGUGGGACCCGCCAUCGACUGUGCUGUCCCUGAAAAAAAGCACUGCGUCGUCACUGGAUUUGCGGACUGUUUCUUUGGGUGUAUGAAGGUCGAGCUCGGGUGGCUGGGGUCGUCCAGGGUGUACGACGUCGACGAAGAGGACGAGGUUGAAGAAGAUGAGGAGUGCAAUGAAAUCCAUCAUAAGGGGGACCAUUGGACUUCGUCUGGCUGGCUUUGCGAGGGACAAGGUUCAGGGGAGCAUAGAAAUAAGCAGGACGAGGUGGACGCAAUUUUUAACUAUUUUGCCUAUCUAAAUGUAUAA